CUCUAUCUCUUGCUCUCUGUGCAACAUUUGGGAUUCAGAUUCGUUUAAAUUCUGAGAUUUGAUCAAUUGAAUUGAAUUUGCUUCAUAUACGAGCUCUGAGAAUUGAUCAAUUGAUUUGAAUUUGCUUCUUCUUCUUCUUCUUUUUUUGUCUUGUUAUGCACUUCCGGAACUGAAUCUUUUCUUCUGCGGAUAAUCUAAAUAUAGUUCUAGUGGGCCCUUACAGAUAUAUGAUGAAAUUGAUUUUCUUUUGCAAUUUAUUAUAUCCCUGUUCGCAUAAUAUUGUUUCUUUCGAACUCUCCCCAUUCUUUUAAAAUUUUUUGUUUUUAUGUCGUAAGUAAAAAAAAAAAAAAAAAAACUGAACUCCAGUAACCAGUAACUUUACUGUUUUUAUUAUUGCGUGUUUGGUGAUAUAAGAGUUUUGGAUCAAUUCACGGACUAAUAAUAAAUUUUAGUUCCGAUCAACAAGUUCUGUUAAACAAAACAAAUUACAGAGAAUUUUAAUUUGAUCUGCAUCUGAAAACCUGUAGUUUCCUAGUUAACUGAUUCUUUGCUAACUAAACAUGGGAGGUGGUAAGGACAAGGACAAGGACAAGCACGGUGACCAUGACAAGGGUCUUUUCGGCCACGGACAUGGUCAUGGUCAUGGAUAUCCUCCAGGGCAAUACCCACCACCACCUGGGUCAUACCCACCUCAGGGCUAUCCUCCCGCUGGUUAUCCUCCAGCUGGCUAUCCUCCAGCUGGCUAUCCUCCAGCUGGCGGGUACCCACCGGCCGGUUACCCUGGCGGCCCCUCUGCUCCACACCAUUCAGGGCAUGGUGGCAUGGGGGCUAUGAUUGCUGGAGGUGCUGCUGCAGCUGCAGCUGCAUAUGGUGCUCACCACAUCUCUCAUGGUGCUCACCACUCAUCUCAUGGUGCUCCCUUUGGGUAUGGUUCGCACAAACAUGGCAAGUUCAAGCACCAUGGUGGCAAGUUCAAGCAUGGGAAGCAUGGGAAGCAUGGAAAACAUGGAAUGUUUGGAGGAAAGUUUAAGAAGUGGAAGUGAAAAGCAUGGUGGUUUCACUGGAUAUGGACUCUUAACUGACUUUGGUGCUGCCGAUUUAAGUUUCUCUGAAUAAACCAUACAUCUGUUUCACAGCCAGAGUUUUUUUUUUCUUCCUUUUGGCCAUCUGUUUAUGUGGAAACUGCUAUAUUAUGAUUACGAUAUAUUGGAAUUGCAGAAUGGUUUUACAA